AUGGCCCAGCGGGUGGUUACAGGUGUGGAGAAUGACUACCUUAUGUGUAGCAUAUGCCUGUGUAGGUACACUGACCCCCGUCUGCUACCAUGUGGCCAUACUUUCUGCCGACAAUGUCUGUCUGAUCAUAUUCAGCAGACUGUUUGUGGCCGUGACAGUCGUCAGUUUAUGUGCCCCAUUGACCGAUCUCCUGUGCCGCGCCCCAAUCAGAGUCGCCAGCCUCGGGAGUGGGCAAGCCUGUUCCCAGAGGACUCGUUUCUAGCAAGUUUACUUCACGCUGUUCAUUUACAUGAAGAGGUUCGAGGAGCGGGUGAUCACUAUGUUUUUCCCUCAAGGAGACAACUUAACCGACCAGCUCCAACUGGCUCCUCGGGCCUAACAUGUGUUGAGCACGCGGACAGACUGCUAGAGUUCUUCUGUUUGGGUUGUAACGUGCUUGUGUGUGCGCAUUGUGCGGUACGAAACCAUCGCUCGCAAAGGUGUGAUUGCAUAGCAGUUGAUGAGGCAAUAGAGAGAUUGAGACCUCGUGUCGAAGCUUUGCGCCAGCGCUUUCAGAACCAGAUGAAUCGCAUAGAGCAGAUUAGCAGAGGGGAAAUCCCAGUGGAUAUGGUCCUUGAAAAUAGUAAGCCCAGGGUGUUACAAAGACUCACUGAAAUGGAAACCCAACUUUCAAGGUUUACACAAAUAUGUCUUCAAAGUGUUGAAAAUCUACGCCAGGAGAUUCGAGAAUCUAAUGUCAGUGCAGCAGGAAAUCCACAGUUAUCUUUGCUAUUCGAUGCCAUUCAAGAGACAAAAAUGACAUUUGAUAACGUAAUGCAGAUUAAUUCUAGCCCAGAUUUGUUGAGUAGCUUACCUCGAGUUGAAUCGCAAGCUGACGAAUAUGAUGCUGCAAUGAUGGCUAUAUCAGAAUUUAGUUCUCCCUCCGAGAUUGAACUCCUUACGAAUGCAGCUUUCAAUAAUUUUCUCAGAAACCCACCACCAGUUGGUUCAAUAAAUAUCAAAAGAGCUCCAAGGACACAUUCGCAGGUUCAAAACACGAGGGUCAACCUUACCGCUUCCAACACAAGAUCCAACAGUAGAUUUGGCCAAGAUCAGAACUCUAACCGUAGCCAGGGGCAGACAGUUCGGACCAACCAUGGACAGUCCUCCAGAAUCAGAAGAGAAGGUACUUUUAACGUUACACCAGCUAAUAGGACUGGUGCCCCUGUGUCACAACAAACUCCUAUUGUACGCCCGACUGUGACGCCCCGCAACCCCCCGCGACAGAUGAAUCCUCGACGAAGAAAAGGCCCACAGAAAAGUAAAUCGACCAUUAACGUGAAGAACCUCCAAGAGGACACAAUGACCUGGCAGUUAACUGGAAUAACAUUUGUAGGAUAUUCUGUAGUCGUGGUAGACUCGUUCAACCAUAUGAUCCGGCAGUGCAGCAUCGCCGGAUCACCUACCAUGAACAAGGCGCUCUAUCUUGAAAGUCCAUUGGGUAUCACAAGUCUGACAGAUCCAACGGAAGUGGCAGUGACCCAACCGGAUAAACGAAAAGUGGUGAUUCUGUCUCUUGACUCGGAUAUACGUGUCAAGGAAGAGAUAUCUACACAGAAACAAUACGAGGCGAUUUGCCAGCUAAAUGGGAUUUACUUUGUUGUGACUUGCACGGAAGGUCGUCGUUGUGUUGAUAUCAUUGAUCGUGUAGGACGUGUUCAGAAGAGUAUAGAAAGGUCACAACUGUUUCGGUCACCUAGAUAUCUUACCAUAACCUCGACCGGCGCUAUAGUGGUCAGUGAUAGGGAACAGAAGCACGUGGUGUGUAUUACCCAGACAGGACAGGUACAAUGGACAUACCCAACUCCCGCCUCCCCUUGGGGUGUUGCUGCGGAUGGUUCGGGGCAGGUUUACGUCUGUUUGGACAACAGCAGUGUGCACGUGCUCUCAGAGGACGGCACAUUAAUGGAUGAUAAUUUUCUGGCCGCAAAAGAUGGAAUCCGAGUCCCUUAUGCUAUAUGUGCCCGAUCUCGACAAGUAGCAAUAACUGAAUUUGGGCCUAGUCUUUUUGCCCCGAACAGUCCAUGGGUACAUGUCAUUUCAGCGUGA